UCUCAAUAUGGGUCGUCAUCGGCAUCAUCAGGCUAUGGUCUGCAGUCUCGGAGGAGACCAUUUGAGUCCAGCCUGAAGCCGACCUACGGUCAGCAGUCCAACGGAGGCUAUGGCCAGCAGUCGAGCGGGGGUUACAGCCAGCAGUCCAACGGAGGCUACAGCCAGCAGUCCAACGGAGGUUACAGCCAGCAGUCCAGCGGAGGUUACAGCCAGCAGUCCAGCGGAGGCUAUGGCCAGCAGUCCAACGGAGGCUACGGACAGCAGUCCAGCGGAGGCUAUGGCCAGCAGUCCUACGGAGGCUAUGGCCAGCAGUCCAACGGAGGCUACGGACAGACCGAGCCUCCUACGCCGUACUCGUUCAGCUACGACGUGCUGGAUGUGCGUGGUAAUGACUUUGGCGCGGCCGAGGAGUCCAACGGUGAGGAGGUGCAGGGUCAGUACAGCGUCGUGCUGCCCGACGGCCGGCUCCAGACCGUCUCCUACUCGGUCCAGGGCGACUCUGGCUUUGUGGCCGACGUCGAGUACGAGGGCGAGGCCAAGUUCUUCAACGCCUACGGCGAGGAGGAGGGUCGCAGCAACGUCAAGAGGGGGCGUGGCCCGACCGGAGGUCAGGGCUACGGCUCCAGCCAGGGAUCAGCCUACGACGUGCUGGAUGUGCGUGGCAAUGACUUUGGCGCGGCCGAGGAGUCCAACGGUGAGGAGGUGCAGGGCCAGUACAGCGUCGUGCUGCCCGACGGCCGACUCCAGACCGUCUCCUACUCGGUUGAGGGAGAUUCUGGCUUUGUGGCCGACGUCGAGUACGAGGGCGAGGCCAAGUUCUUCAACGCCUACGGCGAGGAGGAGGGUCGCAGCAACGUCAAGAGGGGACGUGGCCCGACCGGAGGCGACUCUGGCUUUGUGGCCGACGUCGAGUACGAGGGCGAGGUCACGUUCUUCAACGCCUACGGCGAGGAGGAGGGCCGCAGCAACGUCAAGAGGGGACGUGGCCCGACCGGAAAGCCUCCUACGCCCUACUCAUUCAGCUACGACGUCCUGGAUGUCCGUGGUAACGACUUUGGCGCGGCCGAGGAGUCCAACGGUGAGGAGGUGCAGGGCCAGUACAGCGUCGUGCUGCCCGACGGCCGACUCCAGACCGUCUCCUAUUCGGUCCAGGGCGAAUCUGGCUUUGUGGCCGACGUCGAGUACGAGGGUGAGGCAAAGUUCCUCAACGCGGCGACUUGGCUUUGUGGCCGACUUGAGUACGAGGGCGAGGCCAAGUUCUUCAACGCCUACGGCGAGGAGGAGGGUCGCAGCAACGUGAAGAGGGGACGUGGCCCGACCGGAGGUCAGGGCUACGGCUCCAGCCAGGGAUCGGCAACCGUCUCCUACUCGGUCCAGGGCGACUCUGGCUUUGUGGCCGACAUCGAGUACGAGGGUGAGGCCAAGUUCUUCAACGCCUACGGCGAGGAGGAGGGUCGCAGCAACGUCAAGACGGGGCGCGACUCUGGCUUUGUGGCCGACGUCGAGUACGAGGGCGAAGUCACGUUCUUCAACGCCUACCGCGAGGAGCAGGGCCGCAGCAACGUCAAGAGAGGGACGUGGCCCGACCGGAACUACGACGUGCUGGAUGUCCGUGGUAACGACUUUGGCGCGGCCGAGGAGUCCAACGGUGAGGAGGUGCAGGGCCAGUACAGCGUCGUGCUGCCCGACGGCCGACUCCAGACCAUCUCCUAUUCGGUCCAGGGCGAAUCUGGCUUUGUGGCCGACGUCGAGUACGAGGGUGAGGCAAAGUUCCUCAACGCGUAUGGCGAGGAGGAGGGUCGCAGCAACGUCAAGAGGGGACGUGGCCCGACCGGAGGUCAGGGCUACGGCUCCAGCCAGGGAUCGGCGUAUGGAAAAUAA